AUGCCACCAUCGGCAAGCCCUAGAUGUCUUCUUUGCUCAUUUAAAAGGCCAAGAAUCUUGGUUAUUCAGAGAUUGGGGUUGCCAUGUUCUCCGAUAAGCACUAAGACAACAAGACCGACGCGCAUGAUAUUGCAAGACUCCAGAAAAGUUGCACGAGAUGCCACACCAGUCAGAAAAAAGAUUAGACAAAAUGGACCAUUUGGUGGCAUGAACCAAACAGUAGCAAAUAUUCGAGGUCUCCCUAAAUCGGUGGGAAGCCAUGACUCCGCUAAUUCAAAGAGAGAUAAUAGGGGUUCAACUACCACAAGACAGGGCAGACUUAGAUCUUCACGAGGAGAGAGGGGAUUCAAGGCUCUGAAGAUGCAAAGACCGCUGGCGUCGCUAUCCUACGAGCAGAGACUUAGAAUUAAAAGCAAGACGCAAAACAUAGAUUCUUUUGAGAUGUUUCCUCUUUUAGAAGAAGUUUCCAAGUCAAUAUAUUCGCAAGCCCUCCAAGGAAUGGUUGAUGUGAAGCCGACCCCGGUACAAAGAGUAUCAAUUCCUGCAUUGAUUGGUCAGAAAAAAAAGCGAUGCGAUGGCACCGAUUCAGGUCCUGAUGCGUACCUAAUUGCAGCAGAGACUGGAUCUGGAAAGACCCUCUCCUACUUGAUUCCGACCAUAAAUGCUCUCAAACUAGCAGAAAAAGAAGAUAGCGAGGUGCAGGAGUACGAGAAACUGCGAGCUGAGGAGAGUAAGCGACUGAGCGAAUCUGCUUUCUUUUCACCUCCAAUUACCAAUAGCUCACAUCCAACCACUGGACGACCCAAAGCUAUCAUACUUGUUCCUAGUCAAGAACUAGUCUCUCAGGUCGGAGCUGUCGUCAAGUCGUUGGGGCAUACCGUCAAAUUUAGAUCGGCCUUAGUAUCGUCUGCUCUGACUGGAACAGUUAUUCGGAAUCGGAUUUUCUCCACAAAAGGAAUUGAUGUAGUGGUUUCUACUCCUCACCUGCUGGCAUCGAUAGCAGAGGCUGAACCUAAUAUUCUCUCGCGAGUUACACAUCUGAUAAUUGAUGAAGCAGAUUCUCUAUUGGAUCGUAGUUUUGCUCCUAUAACGUCCACACUAAUUGAUCGAGCUACUCCGUCUUUGAAGCAGAUAAUCAUGUGCUCUGCUACAAUUCCCUUGACCUUAGACAGCUAUCUACGGACGAGAUUUCCAAAUCUUCAGCGAUUAGUUACUCCAAAUCUCCAUGCCAUUCCUCGACGUGUCCAGCUCGCGGUGGUAAAUGUGGAACAAUCUCCAUACCAGGGAAACAAAAAUCUAGCCUGUGCAGACACAAUCUGGUCAAUAGGUAGAGUAGCUGCUGAUAAAGAUGAUUCGUCACAGGGAUCUUCUGAGGCCAUUAGUGUAAAGCGUAUCAUGGUAUUUGUCAAUGAACGCGAAAAAACACUAGAGGUCAGUGAUUACUUGGUAUCAAAAGGUAUCGAUGCCAUUGCAAUGAAUCGAGAUACAUCAGAUGAAAGGAAGUCGGAGAUCCUAUGUUCAUUCACGCAAGCGAAGUCACACGAAGCACCUAUAGAUCAGACUCCAGAGCCAUCAUAUAAUGAUCAGCCAAACUUUAUCCCUAUCGGAAUGAAAGCACCUAGUGCAAAGAAGACUUUGCGCAAUGUGAAGGUCCUAGUCACUACAGAUCUGGGCUCAAGAGGUAUUGAUACCUUGGCUGUCCGGAAUGUGAUCUUAUACGACGUACCCCAUUCUACGAUAGAUUUUAUACACCGGCUUGGUCGAACUGGCCGUAUGGGAAGAAGAGGCAAAGGAUACGUUUUGGUGGGUAAAGAUGACAGGAGGGACGUUGUUGCCGAGGUCAGGGAAGGCAUGUUCCUAGGAAAAUCUUUGAUUUAG